GGUGGGAUAUUCUGGUGGAAAGCGUCUUCUGAGGGAUUCCAGGCAGAGCAGCUGGACGAGGUGAAGAAACGAACAUCUGAUGCGCUCAGCUCCUAUGUUGGGGGCAGCCAUGGUGACUUUGGUUGCAGUGUUGCAGGAGGCAUUAAUGUACCAAUAUCUAGUUCUAAAUCAUCCCUCCAAGGCACUGGUACCAAAGCCUUCCAGCCAGAAAUUCAUCUGUCUAUUACCAAGACAGGUGGCCCACCUGGAGUGGAUUCCCUCACAGCAUGGAAAUCUGGGCUACUGGCCAGUAACAAAACCUGGUCUGUUAUUGACAGAGGUUCUCAGCUGAUUCCAGUGUGGGACAUAAUCCUGUCCAAUCACAGACAAGAUUUUAAAGAUGUUUAUCAAAUGAGGAGCAGCCUCAUACAUGCUUAUGAAGCCCUAACAGACCUAAGUGUCAGUACAUUGCUUGGGGAGGAGUUCGACUGUGCAGUGGAUGAGGCCAGAUCGUUCUUAGAGGACAUGAAGUCCUGGGAAGUCUCUGGGGAUGAAGAACAGCUGGUGAAACUGAUGAACUUCAAACAGAAGCUGAAUGAAAAAACAAGAAGCCCUAGUGUAUGGAUUAACAUUUGCCUGUCAGAUAAGGGGCUUCAAAAUUUCCUGGAGAAUACAGUUUUACUAUGCAAAAAUGUACCUGCACAAAACACUAUGUUCACCAAGUCUCUGCUGCACUGCCUUCUGGCUUCUUCUAUCUAUUCAGUUAAAAAUUUCCCCAAAUCUUCUUUCAUUAUGCAAUGGAUUUUCCAGUCAGCAGAAGAACAAGCAGAACAGAUCUACAGCUCAGAUCUCACAGAUUUUAUUAAAGUUUUACAACAAAUGGAAAGUGAUAUCAAGGAAGCUACUGCUGCCUCUAUGAAUUCUCCAGCAGCACAGCCUGAAGCAAAAAGAAAAGCUACUCUGAUUCUCAGUUUAUCCUUCCAUUCAUUACUGCAGGCUCUGAGAAAGAGAGCCGAGACAGAUACAGAACUGUUAUUACUCUCAGUUGCAGCGAGCACAGGAUACCGUGUGGAAAGUCACAUUUUUCAGAAUCUCCUUGGGUGCCCAGAAAUUAACUUCAUGUUAAAAGAAAUGCGAACAGCACAUGAGAGAUAUUUGACUCUUAGGGAUCAGGAUGUUUCCAGAGCUCAGGCUUUCCUGUUGUUGACAGGUCUGACAGUAGCAGCUAAAUAUAAAGUUAUGGCCCCUGAAGAGAAGAAGAAAUGUUUGACUUUCAUUGAAGAUCACAUGCAAAACUCGCUGUCACGGGAAGUUACUUUUGUCCUUACAAAGCACAGAGCACUCACUGAUUGUAAAGCACUGGAAAGAGACUUGAAUUCCCUUGUAAAUGGAAAUUUUGAAGCCACAAAUGAUGAUCAGCAGAAGGAGUAUAUAAAGAAAGAACUAGAAAACGUAUUUCAAGAAACCAAGCUGGUAAAUUCACCAGCAUCAACAUCCAAAGAAAUGCAAUCCAGCAACAUUAAGACGUAUGAAUUUCCCCAAACUCCAGGGUUUCUCAAAUUAAUCAAGCAACUUAAACUUGAAAAUUUCUAUCCAAAUAAAAUGGGGGUGGCAGACUUCCAGAAAAUUCACAAAGCAUUUUUACAUGACAGCUACCCCAGCAAUGAAAGUGAGCUGCCAUUUUAUUUUUUGGAUAAGCUGUUGAUGCUGGACUAUCGGGUAAGAUAUUUGAUUUGCAACGAUGACAGUAAAACAAAACAAGGCAUAGCCAAUACACUGACCACCAGCGAUGAUGUGGAUGAACCUUUAGAUAAUUUAGAUGACAUUUUUAAUGAUAUUGAUGAGGAAUCUAAUGAAUUUGCUAAAAGUAAUGAAGGUCAGGUGCAUCCCAUGGACAUCCUGAUGGCAAUUUUUCACUGUGCAGAUGAUUUCAUGAGGCAAUAUAUUUCAACAAAGCUUUCUUUAUGUCAAUUUGCACUUCCGCUUUUGGUGCCAGAUCCCCGCACUUCACAAAUAGAAUUCCCUCUUUGGUCCUUUUGCCACGUUAACAAGAAAUGGCAGAGUCAUGAGAAAUUUCAAAACAAGGCUGGGAUUAGGAAAUGUAAAGAUAAAUUGAUUUAUCAAGCAGACCUACCAGUGGUGUCUUUCAUAAGAUUUGGUGCAUCUUCUUUUUCUAAAUCUCAGCUCUUAAAUACACUGUUGAGUAAGCCAAAGCAUAGUAUUUUUUUCCAUCGUCACUGUAGAGGCAGUAGUAAAAACUGCCUCUUGAUGGAAGGUGUUGUAGAAAUCACCUGGUAUUGUCCAGGUAGAGAUGAUAACGACAGGUUUGACAAUUGCAUCGCAUUCACUAAUCUUCAUGGAGAUGCAAGAGAACAUGAGCAGCAAGUCAAAUUUUUACAGGAAAUAGCUUCUGUCACUGUGGUUCUCUUGUCGGACACUGAUCGGAAUGAAAAGGGCAUGAAGGUUUUACAAGACCUCCUAAAAUCCCCCAAACCUUUCAUCUUUCUCUGUAUUGACAAAGAGAGAAUAUCAGUUAACAAGUUUGGAAAGCGAGUAAAAAUAGCUGUUAAGAACCAGAAUGAGGCAACAUUAAUGGAGGAACUGACCACUGCAAUUAAAUGUGCUGUAGAAACUUCAAAUAUUUCUUGUAGUCUAGGUAAAUGUGCAAAAAUUGCUCGAAAUCAUGGAUUCUGUGUUGACGAAGACAAAAGAGAGUGCAAGGAAGGCAAAGAACUGGCACAAAAAGUAAUGGAUAUUGUGAAACAGAAAAAUAUUUUAGAUACUAAGGACAAAUUAUUACCUCUCCAAGGAGAGUUGUGGCACAAGUGGUGUAAAAAGGAUAAAGAACGUACCCAUUUUCAGGACAAUGAGAACAUGGGCAUUGAACAGCACCUAAGCAAAAUAAAAUCAGAAAAGCAUGCAAUACGACAGGAUCAGUUACAGAGAGCGUUCCCCCUGAAUAAGCUAAUGCAGUCAGUGCUUUCAACUCUGAAUUUACCUUCCCAGAAAACCAAAAUGUAUUUUUUACAGUGGCUGAAAGUAUUUAUAGCUGAUCUGUCUUCUGAUCAUCUUGCAGAGCUUCACCAAAAAUACCAUGAUUUGUGGUCACAAAACCAAAGAGGAGAAAAUAAUGACUUGCAAAAACAAUUAGAAAAAUUAUCACAUGAAAUAAAUGAAUCUACUUUUGGUCUUGAACAUCUUUUGAGAGAAGUGGGUCAGAUUUAUGAAGCUUUGGAUGCACAGCCUGAACAGGAUAAAUGCUUUCUUGAACUACCAAAAAUUGUAGCUGAUUUGAUGGUUUCAGGGUAUCCUAUUGAGCUGCUGGAUGGUGACACUUCUUAUGUGCCAUUGAAAUGGGUCGGAGCCAUCUUUGACAAGUUAAUUGAGAAAUUAGGAGACAAAAAGGUGUUUGUUCUUUCAGUACUUGGCAUCCAGAGCACUGGGAAGUCAACACUGUUAAAUGCCAUGUUUGGACUUCAGUUUAAAGUCAAUGCAGGUAGGUGCACAAGGGGAGCAUUUAUGCAACUAGUUAAGGUGGAUGAUGAGCUCAGAAAAGAGCUGAACUUUGACUUUAUGGUGGUUAUUGACACUGAAGGACUUUGGUCAACAAAGCUAGAAAAUAGAUCAGCACUCAGCCAUGAUAACGAGCUAGCCACUUUUGUCAUUGGUCUUGGCAACACAACUUUGAUCAAUAUUUUUGGAGAGAAUCCUUCUGAAAUGCAAGAUAUCCUACAGAUCGCUGUCCAGGCAUUUCUGAGAAUGAAGCAAAUAAAUCUCUCCCCAAGCUGUUUGUUUGUGCACCAAAAUGUUGGAGACAUAACUGCAAAUGAAAAGAAUAUGGAAGGACGAAGACGCCUUCAGGAAAAAUUAGAUGAAAUGGCAGUUUCUGCAGCCCAGCAAGAGUUCUGUGAUGUUACCUGCUUUAGUGAUGUUAUCCAAUUUGAUGUGAACACCCACGUUCAUUACUUUCCUCACCUCCGGGAAGGAGACCCACCAAUGGCACCUCCAAACCCCAGUUACAGCCAAAGGGUGCAGGAACUAAAGAGGGAAAUUCUCAUGGCUGCCAAAGAAAAAUCUGAAGGUAGUUUUCUAAGCCUGUCAGAAUUAAAAACACGCACUCAGGACCUGUGGGAGGCUUUGUUAAAUGAGAAUUUUGUAUUCAGCUUUAAAAAUACACAGGAGAUUGUUGUAUACAGCAGACUGGAAAACAACUAUAACAAAUGGACCUGGGAACUGAGAAGUUUCAUGCUUGAUUUGCAGAACAAGCUGAACAUCCAAAUUCAGAAUGGAAAAAUCUCCAAAAUAGAUAGAGUAGAUCUUGAAAAAAGAGUUCAGGAAAAAUAUGAUGCCACUGAAAAGGAUCUAGAAAGGUAUUUUAGUGAGGACAAGGACUGUAACAUACUGAUUCAAUGGUGGGGGGGAAUUAAAACAAAAAUGAACUUUUUCAGACAAGAACUGAUUGACAAAAUUUGUCAAAAGGGUCAAGAAUUUAUCCAUCUAAAGAAUCGUCAAAGCAGUUUUGAACAAAGGAAAUCAACUUAUAAAGAUGAGUUGCUUAGAAAAAGCAAGGAGUUGGCGCGACAUUUCAGAGAUAAGGAAUUGAGUGAAAGUGAGCUUAGAGAUAGCUUUAUUGGUAUGUGGAAGGAAUGGGUUAUUGAGGUGUCCUCUGCUGCCCGUGUUGAGGAGCCCAAUUUUAAUGCUGAAAUGGAGAUUUUCCUUUGCAAUCAUUUUAGAUCAGAACACAAUAUAAGAAACAGGAUUAUAACAUCCUCUGAAUGGACUCUUUUUCCUCUGAACCCUUCUGAGCACAUCUCAAUGAAGAGGCGAUGGUAUGGACUGAAGAUUACUAAAGAAUGUGAUGUUGAGAAUUUAAAGACAAUGGCAGCACACCUAGAGCAGCAUAUCUAUGAAUACAUUGAGAACAAAGCGAGUGAGAUAAUGAAUUACAGUCCCAGUUACUUUCAUGAAAUAGUGGAGUUAAUAAGCAGAAAGUUGGAAUCGGAUUCAGAGGAUUACAAUUUUACAUUAACACACUUAUACGAAGUGGAUGUAUCUCUAUAUUUAUGCCAAAUGGCAACAAGGAAGUUGAGAGAGACAUUCAAAGCAUUCCAGAAAUCAGAUGAUCCAGUCCGGUAUCUUGAAAGUAAGAGAGAGGAAUUCUUUAGCUCUUUUAAAAUCGCCUGCCAAGGAGCAACAUCAGUCACAACUUUUGCUGAUAUUUUAUGCAGCAAUCUUAAAUCUGCUAUCUGCCAUGCAGUCUAUGACAAGACUGCCAUUGACAUAGCAAAUGAGAUAAGGUCUGACAAUCCAAUCUUGAAUGGCAAUAGAAGCAAACUGGAACUAUUCAUUCUGUAUUGUCUUUUAGAUCAGGAAGAUUUGGAAAAAUACCAGGAGUAUAUUUAUAACCCAAGUUACUAUAUGGAGGAUUUUAUCAGACGAGCUGUUGAUAGGUAUUGUUUCAACAAGAAAAAUCCAAAAUUGAAAAAUUUCUUAAAUUUAAAUCUUGAUUCUUUCCAGACUCUUGUUCUUUCGGCAAUUCAUGAAUCAACUAAAGUUGUUAACGAUAAACAUGGUAACGUAGCCUCCUGGUUGGAUGAAUUUUGUACCAGGCUUGGAGAUGAUAUGUACCUUCCCAGAAGCAAUCUGACAAGCAUUGAACAUCAAGAGACAAAAGACAUACAAUUUCUUAAAGAAGUGGCGAGUGAGUCACUGAUCCCUGCCAUAGAACAGCUGAAACAAACAUUCUCUGAGAUUGAUUUGGAUCCGUUUGUCUCAAAGCCUCAUGAAAUCCUAUUUGAGCAGCUCAGUGGGUGUUUGAAGCAAUGUCCCUUUUGCAAGGCUGUCUGCAUGAACACAAUUCCUGGUCAUGAUGGAGAUCACAGAACUCGUUUUCAUCGUCCUCAGGCUCUGGCUGGCAUCCAGUGGGAAGGAACAAAUCAUCUAGUCACUGACAUUUGUACCAGCCUUGUAGCAAGUGACUGCAAAAUAGUGCUUGAUGGAAAAAUAAUUCAAUGUAAAAAUUAUCGAGAAGUAGGACCUGACUAUGCAAAUUGGGACAUCAAACCAGAUACCUUACAACUGUCUUAUUGGAAAUGGUUUGUCAAUCAUUUCAGAUCUGACUUAGAAAAAAUCCAUGAUGGAAAAUUUGAAGGCAAGGGGGCAAUCCCGGCUGAUUGGAAAAACUUACACAAGAAUGAUGUAGCCAUGGAUAUACUAUUUUUAAUGUUGUGCAUCUUUCAGG